AUGGCAGAUCUCUGCGCAAAAAGUCGGUUAUCAAUGUUGCUCCAUCUUCUUCUGCUAUGCCUGACGCCUUCUCUGGUCCAAGCGUCGGUGCAUGAGUACCGAGGCGAGAGAUUUAUGUCCAAAGGCAACGCCUUCGUCUUCCAUGGCGGCAGCGAAGGCAUCUACUCCUCUUCUCCCUCCGAUAACUUCACCUCCGACUCCGAUUCCGUUUCCUUUAUCCGUUUCGAGAAGAUCACAUUCCGGAGGCCAGAAGAAGUUUCAAACAGAUCCUCAUUGCCAAUCCACGCCGUCGUGUUUGAGGUAGAAGACCGGGAAAACAUUGGGGGAUCAGCUUAUGGUGGGCAGAGAGCUGUGUGUUGCACAUCUGAUCUUGCGAAGCUCGGUGUUUGCUCUCACGGAGAGAUCAUUCAUCAUCCUUCCGCUAAAGAUUUAGGUUGGCCACAAGUGUUUGGUGUUUCGUUGAACGAGAACGACUUGUCUGGUACGUUGCCAACAAGAUCGAUCCAGAUCACCAGAACCGGAAUGUACAACCUCUACUUCAUCCAUUGCGAUGCUGAUCUCAAGGAUCUGGUUGUUGAAGGGAAAACCAUCUGGAAAAACCCUAGCGGAUACCUACCGGGUAGGAUGGCUCCGUUGAUGUACUUUUACGGCUGCAUGUCCCUUGCCUUUGUGCUUCUUGGCAUCUUCUGGUUCUCGCAGUGUGCAAGAUUCUGGAAGGAAGUGCUUCCGUUGCAGAACUGCUUAACGCUGGUGAUAACAUUGGGGAUGUGUGAGAUGGCGCUUUGGUACUUCGAUUACGCGGAGUUCAACGAGACCGGGGUUAGACCAACCGUGAUCACCAUCUGGGCGGUCACGUUUGGUUCCAUCAAGCGUACAAGUGCUCGUAUUAUCAUCCUGAUGGUUUCGAUGGGAUACGGUGUUGUGAGACCUACGCUUGGAGGAUUUACGUCGAAGGUUGUCAUGCUUGGGGUCACUUUCUUUGUUGCAUCCGAAGGUCUUGAGCUGAUGGAGAACGUCGGUGCUAUUAGCGAUUUCUCCGGGAAGGCUCGGCUGUUUUUCGUUCUCCCCGUUGCGAUAUUGGAUGCUUUCUUCAUCAUAUGGAUAUUCAAAUCGCUCUCCGCUACGUUCAAGAAGCUUCAGGCUAGAAGGUUGUUGGUCAAGUUGGAUAUAUACAGAAAGUUCACAAAUGCUUUGGGUGUGUCCAUUUUGGUUUCCGUGGGUUGGAUUUGCUACGAGCUUUAUUUCAAGUCGAAGGAUGUUUACAACGAACAUUGGCAAAACGCUUGGAUCAUCCCGGCCUUUUGGCAACUUCUCUCCUUCUCACUCCUAAUUGUUAUCUGUUCUCUGUGGGCUCCAUCGCAGAACUCGACUAGGUAUGCAUUCUCUGGAUCUUCUGGUGAUUCAAGCGGGGAGUUUGAGAAGGACGAUUACACGCUGACCCUCAUUAAACCAUCUCCGAUUCCUUCUCACGAAGUCAAGAACCUCUCAGAAACCAGAUCUUUACAAGCUGACAACGAAGAAUCAGACAAAGAUUUGGAAGAAGACAAAAGGGAGUCACGUGAGUUUAGUUUGUACAAUACAAAUGUCAAAGAGACCAAAGCAGCCUUUGUCUUCGGUGGUGUUGUAGUGUUAUCUAUGAAGGACAAGAAUGGAUAA